AUGCGGGAAAUAGGCGGUGAUGUCAGCCCAAUGGGAAAUUGGUGGUCGACGCCUAUUGCUGAUACUAGGAGUUGGGGGUGGGUGAGUGGUGGGAUUGAUGAUGGUGGUGGUGGUGGUAAGGAGGAGCCCUUGCAGCCAGUGAAGACUCCUCCCGCCUGGCCGCUAGUCAGUGCAGAAGUGCAUCCACCCUCUCCGAACUUAGCAUCACCCACAGAAAAAAUGUCGAGUUCAGUUUCGAACCCAUCCCCCGUGCGACCUCGAGCUGCCACGAAACGUGCGCAGCUCCCCGUCACGACGUCUUCCACAAAGCGCCGUAAGGUAGCAGAGCCUCGCAAACCAGGGUCGCUUCCGGGUUUGUCGUUCGCCUCGCAGGCCGGAAGACGUCACGGCCAAUCCAGCUCCGGCCAGGCCUCACCCCGUCGCCCUUCAUCCUCCUCCCGAUCGCAUCGCAGCCUGAGCUCCUCGACCUCACCGCCUCCACGCUACAUUCCCGCUCACCUGCAGGACGAAGUCCUCGGCUCCAAAUCCCAGCCCUCCGCUCGCUCGCCCACUCCUGACUCCGCUGGGAGUGUCCUCGACUAUCCCUCGGCCGCUUGCGCUGGUCUGUCCCUCCAUAGUGACCCGCCGACCGACAUGUCCGGCUCCGACGACAAGGGAGACACGAAUCUCCCGCUCUCCGGCCCUGAUGUUCGCGAAACCUCCGAAGCGGAUAAUGACGUGGAGAUGGAUUUGGUCCCGACAGAGAAGGACGGCCAGUCCCGUUCCGCCAUCCCAGACUCGAUGGACACCGCGGGAUCGGGCGACGACAACUCGACCGGAAAUGAGAACGGCUCGGCGUCCGACAGCGUUUAUCCUACUCCUUCCAGUAUGUCCACGUAUACGGCCCCGACCGAGACCCGCGCCCAGUCCAAAGCCGAGGCCGGCGUAGGGUCAGCCGACCGGCCGUCCUAUGACGACCAGGUCGCACAGGUCACCCAAUUCAUGAUGCAGCCGAUGAAGGAGAAGCAGAAGGGAUAUGUGGUGUCGGCAUCGUGGUUGAAGCGGGUGUACUCGCGGAGCGCUACCCACGCAGAAAAGGCAGACAAGUCGGCCAUGGAGGGAGACAUCGGACCGGUCGACAACUCGGAUAUUGUCCUGGUGACUGACCCGGCGAAUACGGGUUUCAAGGAUGAAUGCGGAGAGCCGUUUGUUCCUCUGCGGCCCGGCUUGGAUAUCGGGGAGGAUUUUGAGGUUAUCCCUCAAGGGGGCUGGGACUUGAUCAUGCAGUGGUAUGGUCUUGCCGAACAGUCCCCAGCCAUCGUCCGUUACGCCCAUAACACCGCAUCGCUCGGCGACACUGCGAACAUCCAAUACGAGAUCAACCCUCCAAUUUUCACGAUCCUCAAGCUCACCAACCCGUCUGCCGGCACUUCUAUGAAAUCGAUGAAGGAGAAGAACCUGCCCCCCGUGAGAACCUUGGCGAGCAGACAAACCAAUUUCCAGAAGUGGCUGAAGGAAGCCAAAGAACUGGCCCACAUCGACAUGUCAACCAAGGUUCGUGUCUGGAGGGUUCUUGGUGGGCUUGGCAGUGCCACUGCAUCGGCAGCAGUCACCCCGGCCGCAUCCCGCAGUGCUUCUCCCGCCCCGUCCGCCUCUCUCAUCGCCAACGCUGGGAGCAACCUGGUGCUUGAUCUGAAUACCUUCCUCUCGCUGUCCGAGGGGUCUCAGCGCGAGGUGCUCGACGAAGCCAAGGACCAAACGAACAACCCCAACUACAACGGGAAGAUGACUUUGGGCCGUGCGGGACUCAAUAGCAGUGAAGUGGUCGUGCUUGAAGAGAAACUUCCGGGAUCCAGCGGAGAGUGGGUGUCGGAAGCUUCCAAGCAGACACUAAGCCGCCUGGGCGUGCCCUCGGGCAACGUGAAGAACGCUGUUGCUUCCAAGACGAAGACUAAGAGUCCUGCGACCAGCGGACGGUCGUCCCCAGUCUCGGAGCCUGUUCGGGGAAGACGUAAGGAUGGAAAGCCCCGUGGCUGCACGGGUCUGAGCAACCUCGGAAACACCUGCUACAUGAACUCAGCUCUGCAGUGUGUCCGCAGUGUCGAAGAGCUAACCUACUAUUUCUUGAAUGACGUGUAUAAGAAGGAUCUCAACCCCAGCAAUCCCCUGGCCCACAAUGGCGAUGUGGCCAAGGCAUAUGCGAACUUGUUGCGCCAGAUCUAUGACGAGGCCGGCCAGUCUUCGUUUGCGCCCCGGCAGCUGAAGCACACCAUUGGCCGCUACGGUCCGGCCUUCUCCGGCUACGGACAGCAGGAUUCCCAGGAAUUCCUUCUGUUUCUUCUGGAUGGUCUGCAGGAGGAUCUGAAUCGGAUCAUGAAAAAGCCAUACAUCGAGAAGCCGGACUCGACGGACGAAAUGGUGCACAACAAGGAGGCGCUCCGGGAGUUUGCGGACAAGUGUUGGGACAUCUACAAAGCCCGCAACGAUUCGGUCAUCACCGAUCUCUUUGCCGGUAUGUACAAGUCGACUCUGGUCUGCCCGGCUUGCGACAAGGUCAGCAUUAUCUUCGAUCCUUUCAACAACCUUACCCUCCAGCUUCCGAUCGAAAAUCUCUGGAGCAAGGAGAUUUUCUACUUCCCCCUAAACAAGAAGCCGGUCCUUGUUGAUGUUGAGCUCGACAAGAACGCCAGCGUGAAGUCGCUGAAGGAGCUGGUUGCGAAGAAGAUGGGCUCCGAUCCUCAACGGCUGGUCAUGGCUGAAAUCUACAAGAACAAGUUUUACAAGAUGUUUGACAACACGGCCUCCAUCGCGGAAUGCCAGAUCAGCGGCAAUGAUGACAUUGGCAUCUACGAGGUGGAGUCUGUGCCGACCAACUAUAAUCCGGACAAGGUCCAGAAGAGCUACAUCUCCUUCAGUCGCUCGGACCAUGAGGAGAUCCCGUCUCUGGACUCGCCACGGUCAGACCGGUUGCUCGUCCCGAUCUUCAACCGGGUUGAGAAGCCGCGGGGUAACAACACCAAGAAUGCGCAGAGGCCGCUCUUUGGUGUCCCGUCGUAUGUGGUUAUCAACCGGGAGGAGAUUGGCGACUAUGAUGCGAUUUUCCGUAAGGUCCUGUCACAGGUCGCUUCGAUGACCUCGCGAGACAUUCUUAAUGAGGAGAGCACGAACGAGGUCAGCCAAGAAGACUCCGACACCGUCGUCAUGAACGAGGAUGACGCACAGUCGGCGGACUCUAAGAUCAAGACUGCGUCCGUGGACGGCGAGGAUGGCAUGGUCGACGUCUCGAUGCGUGACGCAGAAGAUACCUCGAGCGACACUCCGGCUCGUCCGGAGAGCAACAUUUCUGCCAAUCUCCGCGGUCUUUUCGAGAUGAAGCUCAUUAAGUCGAACGAGGUGGUCCCCACUGGGUUUUCAUCUGUAGAUGACCACAAGGAAUACCCCCGGAUGUCGUUCCGGAUCAAGGCCGCCCCUAAGAAGGCGAAACAGUCAGAGGAAAGCUCCACUCCUACUGAGAAGGGCGAAGAAUCUGGAGACAAGAGCUCGGACAGUGCCACCGGCGAAGUGGUUCCCAAGCGCCCGAUGAUUCGUCCCGGAGAGGGUAUUGUGGUGGACUGGAACGAGCAGGCCUACGACGCCCUUUUCGGCGGGAACAGCCGGGAGAAGAAUCCCGUGCGCGGAGUGCCGACGUGGACGGACGUGGAGAGGGUUCCCGACCCGGAACUGAGCAAGCGCCGUUCUCUGCGCCAGAACCGUAAGAAGAGGGGCGUGACGCUCUAUGAGUGUUUGGACGAGUUCAACAAGGAGGAGGUCCUGUCGGAGAACGACGCAUGGUACUGCCCGCGCUGCAAGGAGCACCGUCGAGCCAGCAAGAAGUUCGAACUGUGGAAGACGCCGGAUAUUCUUGUCAUGCACCUCAAGCGCUUCAGUGCCAGCCGCGGAUUCCGCGACAAGCUGGACGUGCUGGUCGACUUCCCGGUGGAGGGACUGGAUAUGACGGGCCGCGUUGAGGCGCCGGAGGAGGGCAAGAGCCAAAUUUACGACCUGUUCGCGGUCGACAAUCACUACGGUGGACUGGGCGGCGGCCACUACACGGCGUACGCGAAGAACUUUAUGACCGGCCAGUGGAACGAAUACAAUGACUCUUCCGUGUCGCGUCCAAUUGAUCCCCAGAGUGUGGUGACCUCUUCGGCGUAUCUGCUGUUCUACCGGCGUCGGUCGGACCGGCCUCUGGGAGGCAAGGUGCUGGAGGAGAUCACGGAGGCGUCGACGCGGCCGAACAGCGAUCAGGAGUCGCAGAGUGAGUCUCGCGGGCCGUCGCCGUCGGGGGAAGGUCGGCGUCUCGGCGGCUCCUCCCGCAAUGGGUCGUCGAGCGCCUUACCCGGAGUCGCAGCAGCUCACCAGGCGGGAGAUGGUGGUUUGCCAACUGGAACCCAACCGAAGAGCGGGGAUGAAGGCUCGCCCCCGGAUUACUCCAACAGCCCUGCGUUCGGCGAGCGGAGCCUUGGACGCACCCCGCGACUGGAAGGUAUGAAUUUCGAAGACGAGGAGAUUGGCGAUGACGCCCCACUUAACUCGUUCCGCCCCGUGGACACGCCCUCGUGGUCGUUCAGUCGCGUCACGGAUGCUCACGGCCCUUCACAGAUGACCACGCAAAGUGACGACGAGGACCUUGACGAUGAUGCCAGCAACCAGGCGGUUGGCGGCGGCGAUGUUAGCGACCCGGACCUUCGGAUGGCCUCAUUGAUGGACAGUCCCCGGGGGGCGGCCUACCCGGGAACCCCGAUGGAGGAGGAGUCGUUCCAAGACAUCUCAGCCUUUGGAGCGGCCGGGGAUGACGACGAGGAUGAUGACCUCCCGGUGGUGGAGUUGCAAGUGCAUGACGAUGAAUAA